AUGGAUGUGGAUGUGGAUGUGAAUGUGGCUGUGGAGGCGGAGUCGUCGGAUCUAACCACCUCCACCACCACCAUGCCCACCUCCAGUUGUUCCACCACCACCGUGCCCACCUCCAGUUGUUCCACCACCACCGUGCCCACCUCCAGUUGUUCCACCACCACCGUGCCCACCAGCACCAAACCACCAAAGGGCCCGAAGCCCGGUGGUCCUAAGCCCGGUGGACCUAAGCCCGGUGGCCCUAAACCCGGGUCUCCACCAAAGAGUUGCGGAUGUGGACCUGGUGGUAAUACCUGCGAUGGUUGCCCCAAGCAGGCUGAUCUGUGCAAGGAACUGAUCGCUCUCUUAGAAAAACUGAAUACCAAGAUCAAGCAAUGCGUGUGCGGAGUUCCCAAGUGGGCACUGCCCUAAGGCAUCACAGGAGACAGGAGUCCACCGAAGAUCCCGAUAAAAAGAAGGAAAGCAGAUGAACGUACCAAGGAUAACGAACUGAUCACCUGAACCCAAUUUAUUAAUGUUUAAGUUUCUUUUGUUUUCGU